AAGGCACGCCCCGCCCCGUCCGAGGUCGGAAGGACUCUCACCCUACAAAAAGAGGACACCCACCGCCGGCACCCAGGUCGGGCCGCCCUGAGUCUGGACUCUGCACACACGUCUCCUGCCGGCUCAUUCUCGGGACCCCUCACCUCGCGAGCCACUGGAACCUGGACACCAUGGACACUGCUGGUCCCCUCGGGCUGUUGCUUCUGCCUUUGCUCGUGAUGGGGACUGCGCUGGGCACUGCUGUUCAGGGCCGGCCAGGAAACAACGCGGAGGUCUGCCUCCUGCCCGCCGAGGUAGGACCCUGCCGGGCUCGGAUCCCCAGUUUUUACUACGACAGGUACACGCAGAGCUGCCGCGAGUUCAUGUAUGGGGGCUGCGAGGGCAACGCCAACAACUUCGAAUCCCGGGAGGCCUGCGAGGACGCUUGCUGGAAAAUCGAGAAAGUUCCCAAAAUUUGCCGGUUGGAAGUCAGUGAGGGGCAGUGUGGUGAGCUCAGAGAAGCCUAUUUCUUCAAUCUAAGCUCCAUGGCCUGUGAAAAAUUCAUGUCUGGCCGGUGUCACCACAGCGGGAAUCAGUUCCCAGAUGAAGCUACUUGCAGGGGCUUCUGUACACCAAAGAAACGUCCAUCAUAUUGCUACAGCCCAAAAGAUGAGGGCCUAUGUUCUGCCCAUGUGACUCGUUAUCAUUUUAAUCCAAGACACAAAGCCUGUGAGCCCUUUGCCUACACUGGCUGUGGGGGGAACGACAAUAACUUUGUUAGCAUGAAGGAUUGCAACCGCGUUUGCGUAAAAGGCUCGAAGAAGAAAAAGGAUAAGAAGAUACCAAAGUUUCUCUUUACCAAUAGGAACCUGAAAAUUCAGAAGAACCAAUUUUAGCCAUUCUUUUUUUGGAUAUUACCUUGUGAAUGCUAUUGCCUUUAUGGUUAUAUCUGAAGAAGAAUAUGGUAACAUGAGUAAAUGAAUCACUAGUGAUUUAUUCACCAGUUUUUAUUGAUCAAAGUUACUUUUUAAAAAUGUAGUCCAUUUUUACACAUCAUUAGCUGCUACUCAAAUGUGAAUCUAUUAUUUUUCAUUUACUGUUCAAUGACUUUUUAUGGGUUUGAAUUCUUGCUGUGCAUAAGAUAUAAAAGUAAAUAUGACUCACCCAGUUGUUGGGGUUGCUUUUCUGAUUUCAGACAA